UCAGCGGGAAGCGGAGACGUAAGGGGCUGGGUCUUGGGAACUAAGCUAGAGCUAGAACUGUUGUAGCGGCGGAGGAAGUCAACCCUGCGGGCCAGUGUUGGGUCCCUGUAACCUGUGAAGAUGUUAUUGCUCACAAUGAUUGCCCGAGUGGCGGACGGGCUUCCGCUGGCCGCCUCGAUACAGGAGGACGAACAGUCUGUCCGAGAUCUUCAGAAGUACCAGAGUCAGGCUAAGCAGCUCUUUCGAAAGUUGAAUGAGCAGUCCCCAACCAGAUGCACCUUGGAAGCCGGCACCAUGACUUUUCACUACAUUAUUGAGCAAGGGGUGUGUUAUCUGGUUUUGUGUGAGGCUACCUUCCCUAAGAAGCUGGCUUUUGCCUACCUAGAAGAUUUGCACUCAGAGUUUGAUGAACAGUAUGGGAAGAAGGUGCCCACUGUGUCCAGACCCUAUUGCUUUAUCGAGUUCGAGACCUACAUUCAGAAAACCAAGAAGCUCUACAUCGACAGCCGUGCUCGGAGAAACCUAGGCUCCAUCAACACUGAAUUGCAAGAUGUGCAGAGGCUUAUGGUGGCCAAUAUUGAAGAAGUGUUACAACGAGGAGAAGCACUCUCAGCAUUGGAUUCAAAGGCUAACAAUUUGUCCAGUCUGUCCAAGAAAUACCGCCAGGAUGCGAAGUACUUGAACAUGCGCUCCACAUAUGCCAAACUUGCAGCAGUAGCUGUGUUUUUCAUCAUGUUAAUAGUGUAUGUGCGAUUCUGGUGGCUGUGAAGUAGUGAACCCGGUCACUGUCAAGGGAGAGCCUAGAACCUGGCAGGUGUAUAUUUUCAGGAAACUGAGCUCACAGAGAUGUGUAUUAGAAUCCAAGCGGAACUUACGCCUCUAAGGACUUUGCAAGAAAAGACAUAUCCUGAAAAUGAAAGAUUACACCUCAUUUAAUAAAGCUUAACCCUAUGUAGAAAGUCUCUUUUGGGGGCAGAGGCUUUCUCUGGGUACUAAGCCAUGUAUGUUAGGGAACAGUAGAUUGUUUUGUUUUGUGUUUUCUUUCCCAGUUGUUUUACAUUUUUAAAACAGCACUGACUGGGGAAUUCUCAUUCUCAAUCGGAGCCAUCAGUGAGAUUUGACUUAACCAACCUGUGUUAGCAACAGUCAGAAAUUCCUUCAGAGAAGAGAGUCUUCUGGGCAGGUUUUGACUCUAUCUGAUCAACAUUCCUUUUGUUGGUGACAUUGUAAUUUUCAGUAAUCUGAGUUUUUUGAUGGCCUUUUAAAUAAGACUCCAGUAUGUGAAGGUUAAUUGAUGUGCUGCAAAGAAUCUUGUCUGUUGGCCCCUGUAGCAAGUUAACCUUUGUUAUUUUUCUUUUAUAUUUUGCUUAUUGCACAAUUGCUUUAGGGUUAAACGAAUUAUAUCAAGAUGCCUUGAAAUUAUAUUAUAGCACUCCUUGAUUAAGAAGCUAAAAUGUUUUCUGUCAUUUGUUCCUUACAAGACUUAAAAUUGUUUGGGACAUUCUUUAUUUUAUAUUUCAACAUCUGGUUCAUAUUAAGAUGAGUGAGCAUAGCAUAUGUAUAGCCAGAGCCCCCUGACUUACGAAAAGAAAGGCCCAGCUCAUAACUACAGCUUUGUCCUGCCCCUUUCUCACUUUCUUCACCAUGGUUUCCCCACUGUCUUUUCUCCUUGCCACAAUUUGUUAACAUUUUUAAAAUUCUUGCCCAAUAGUUUCAUGUCCCAUAAGCAUCCUCAGGACAGUCUCAAAUUUCAAAAUGAAGAAUGUUUAGCUCUGUAGUUAAUUAAAUUUAAGUUUUUUGUGGAGUGACUACUCAAACUACUAAAUACUACUUUUAUCUGAAAAAGCCGCUGAGAGCUCCUUAUACCUGCUUCAGUUUAUGUAAAUUCUCUGAGAAUGAUCUAGAGCUGCAUAACUCUAGAUAGCAUAGAUAUCUACAUAACAUUUAUAGCGGCUUCUUUGAACAAGGAAAAGUACCUAUGAUUUUUCUCUUUUUGCUCAGGGAUAAUGGGGUUUCCUUUUACCUUCUGAGAUAGAAUUUUUUAAAUGGGUGAGUAGGCUUUUUCAAUAUUGUUACAAGGGUCUGCAGUAUAACCUGCAACUCCUACAAAUAUUGCAAAUAUUUCUUUAAAUUGUACAGGAAAACAAGCCAACUUCUAACAUCUUUGGACAGAACUUUAACCAAUAAGUAAUUUUAUAACUAUGGGGUCACCAAAGCUACUGUCCUGAUUCCUGAUAGAGACAAAAAUUCUAUUUCCUUGUAACAAGGCAAGGAGAAAUGCUUAUUUUAUUCCUGAUAAUUUCCAGAACUAGAAUAAAAGUUUUUUUUUUUCUUUCCAUUUUUGGACCUAAAUCUGCCAAUUGGCAUUUUGUGCAUGAAAUAUGAAGUUACUCUUUUUUAUAGAAAAUAAGUUAGGUCCCUGAAAGGCUUGUCCCUAAGUAAUGAUGUUGGUAAUGAAAGCCUUUGAAAGGCUGAAAAGCUAAAUAGUGGCACCAAAGCGUUUGGUGCCUCUGCAGGAGUGCAGGGUGGCAGCUCGUUGUUGAGAGUUGCAUGCUGUAACCAAGUGGUCAGCAGUGAAAUAAAUACUUCUAGAAUGUUCCCAUCAGUGUGAAUUUUUGUUAUCUAGUUUAUUUAUGUACAUAGGACCUUCUAGGUAUAUUUCUACCUAAACUCAGUGGGUUAAAAAAAUGAGAAGAGGCAUCAUAGAAUGACAAAGGAAUUUUAAAAUAUGGUUUAAGAUUAUGAUGGUAGAAAAAGAACAAGACUGUCAUAAUAUGGCUCCUACUUCUGUUCUUUAUUGGAAGUAGUGGGAAGGGAAGAUCUGCACCAAACAGAAUAGAAAGUGUAGUGUACAGGGCUGUUAGGGGCAAGACACCUAAUUUACUUUGGGAAGGAGUGAUAAGAAGAGGAGAAUGGGAUAUUCCAGACAGAGUCAGUGGCUUAUACAAAGUCAUGAGUUACAAGAAUAAGGUGCAGUUUAGGAACUGUAAUUAGCUGGUUCAAUGUACCUGGUAGGGUAAGUGUAGGCAAUGGAGACUUAGGAAGAAGAGCUAGAGUGGCCCACUGUCAUAAAGGGACUUGUCAACUAUGCUAAGGAGCGUAGGCUACACUAAUGUCCAGGGCAAGAGAUGACAUCAGAUUUAUAGUUUCAAAUGAUCGUUCUGGCCAUAGUAUGAAAGAUAAUAUUAGGGAGGGAUAAACCUAGAAGUAGGAAAGUGCAACUAGGGAGCCAUCCUUAGUGUUGGCUAAAUGAGACAUAGGAGACAGGUUUCAAAUGAUUUCCUAGAAAGAAGUUAUCCCAGGUGCCAAAUAAUAGCUAACACAUAAAUGCUUGCUUUAUUGGGAGCUAAUUUAAUUUCACAUUGAAGUAAGUACUGGUCACACAAUAUGAGUGAAGAAACUUUUUACAAAGGAUACCCCUCUGAGGUACAGAGAGUUAAUUUGUCCAAAGUUGCUGAGUUAGAAAGUGAUGGAGCUGAGAUUUGGACAGUUUGGCUCCAGAGUCUGCUUUCUCCACUAUACUACCCCACCAAGUAGUCAAAUAAGUACCAAAGAAUAUUUUGAAUUUAGCAAUUAGGAACUUAAUCAUACAGACAAGUAAUUCCAGAGAACUGGGGACAGUUCGCAGUAGGUUGAGGAUUGUGUGAACUACUAGGAAGAACUACUCUUAUAAGCAGCUUUUUUGGUAGUUACAACACUGAACUUCCUGAGAUGCUUAUUAAAUUAAGAAAUCUCACAAAUGUUAAAAUACAGCAAUAUUUGGCCAAUUGUACAUCUGUUCAUUUAAAUGUCAAACUGGUUCUUAAGCUUUUUGGAAAGCCUUUGAAAAUCUGGUGAAAGGUGUGUGCCUUUACCCCAGAAAAACGUUCACGUGUACAUGCAUACCGAUAAUCACACACUAUGUCAAGGGAACAAGAACUCCAUAAAGCCUGUUAGUCACCCAGUGGUCCAUGAUCCCCCAGGUAAGAACCCCAGAUAUGUAGAAUGUGGAACUCAAAGGUAAGUACCCAGAAGCUUUGUAAACUGUCCAGCUCUGGUGAAUUGGAAAAACUAUAGUUUGAACUAACUUUGUGGAUGAAAUGCUUUCUUGGAAGAUUGUCUACAAAAAAAGAUUCUAUUUUCCUGUAGUACAUUUUAGGGAGCUGGUUAUACAGAAGAAUAUUUUGGUCUCAGUUCCACAAAAUCACAUUUAAGGAUCUUAAAGUUUUCUACUUUUAUCAGUAGGAAGUCCGGCAAAAGCAAGUUAAGUCAAAUGGAUAAUUAUUUUUGCACACACAGUGUUUUAAUGUUACGUGUGUAAGAAAACAUCUCAUAAUUUAAUUUCCCAUCUUAUUGGGAGUUUGUAUGACUAAAGGCUUGAACGUUGGUGGUCACACAAUUAAGACUUUUUGGUUCAUGUAUUUAGCAAAACUGAUUAAACCCUCCCCUGCUUGUCUUCAAACAGCUCAGCAAAAAGGUGAAGUGCAGUGGGUGUAUAGCUGUUAUCACUAUAAUUGCAAAUAAACUGGUUGGACCAAAUAGCUUGUACUGUAAAGGCCCCCAAAGAAAAUUUAUAGCAUGUUACAUAAUUUGAGAUAGAAUGGGCAAAUUGAGUCUCACAUCCUAUUCUUAUUUGUUACAGCAAUGGUUGACCCAACAGUGUAAAACUAUCUCGAGAAGUUUAGUCACUCAGUUCUAAUAAAGUUUGUUUCAAGUGCUGUAACUGAAACCAUGUUUUAGAUUAGAAAAACUGUUGGAAAUUUGACUUUCAUAUACUAACCAAGACAUCCAAUUUUUUUUCUUCCAUAACCUUCAUUUACUGAGAACUAUGUAUUAGGCAUUUUAUACAUGUUAUUACAAUCCUCAUAACCAUUUUCCCAGCUUGCCCAAGGCCACACAGCAAACAAAUACUUAGGUUCAACUCCAGAACUGCUGGAUGCCUACCCAGCACACCUUUCUGGUUCCUGUUCCUGAACAAUCAUGCAGACAUGCUCAGCUUGAGCGUUUGGCAUUUUGCUUUGUCCUGUCAAGUUAUUUAAUUUGCUUUUUUGGGGAAAGGCAUAUCUAUUUUAACAAUUUCAUUCCAUUCCCUUAUUUUAUUAUUAUUCCAUUCUCUUUAAUUUUUUUUUGUCAUUUCUCCUGUAUUCCUUGUUGAUGUUUUAAUUGCUUUUUUCUCAUUGAGUUCUUAUUUGCCAUUUUUCAUCCUUGGUUUGACUUUUUCAUUUGGCCUCAAUGUUAAUUCAACAUUUUUCCACAUCUGAUUCAUGUAAAAUGUAGCAAAAUGAUUUUUGAAUCUUCCCUUCCUAGUCCUUUUGCCUGUUCUCUCUUUUCCUCACUUCUUUUUCUCCCUUUCCAUUUUACUUCAUUUUCCUAGAUGCUGUUUUUACUGAGGAGUUAAUGUCAUCCUUCAACUCUGCUCUGUAAGCAAGAGCUUCAAAAUCAACUGUUAUGUGUGUUCUUUAUUUUUAGACCGUAGUUUAUCUUCCCUUUUAUUGCUUUUAUAAUAUACUAUCUUCUCUUAUUACUUAAUCCAGAUAUGCCCCUGCUUUAAGGAAUCCCUUUACUAAAAAUUCCAAACGUGGCAAGAAUUCUUCAAGAACAAGCUUCACUGGUUUGCCUUCUCUACUUAGGGCGUCGGCUCCAGCUUGUAGCAUCGAUAACUCUGAAGUACUCCUGUCUAUCCUCACACUGGAGGUCCAGACCAAAAUUUCUUGCUGCUUAUUGGAUAUCUGUGUCUGAAUGGCCCAUAAAUAUGUAAUUGCAUCUAAAACAUUACCUCCAUUUCAACACUCAAAGGUAAAAACUACCUUGGGCUUCCUGCUGUAUUUCAGGUUUUAGGCAUCACCUUUACCUGAGCUACAAGUCAUGAACUACAUUUGAUUCCUGAUUUUGCCUUCCGCCUCUCAACUGUUAACCAAAGUCUGUUUUUAAUAACCACUCAUACAUCACGUCCUUUCCCUUGGCCUUAGAUUCAAGCUCUCAUUAACUUAACUUGGACUCUUGCAGUGGCCUCCUUACUACUAUCCUUACAUAAGUCCCUUUUCCAACCCAGCGCUACCAUGUUAGCACCAGAAAUUUACUUAAGGAGUUGAUCACACCCUCAUUCCCUAUAGAAUAAAAGAUCACAUGCCCUGCAGUCUGCCUCCCGCAGUCUGUGCUUUGUGUCACUCCAGACUCAUCCGCCACUUCCCGCCCCCCACCUCUUUUGUUUGAACCCUGCCACAUUAUCUGUUCUCUGCCAGCCAGGCACUUUACCUUGUGCCUUGGCUCAUUAGUACCUUCUCUCCAGAACGUCUUUUUGUAAACUAUACCCCUCUCCUUUUCCCUUUUGAUUUAAAAGAAUCUAAAGGUCUGCUUAUCUUUCAGAGACCCAGCUCCGAUGUCUCCUUUGGAAAGCCUUUCUGAUGGUCUCAUGUGUGUCUUCCCACCAACCUGGGAGAAAUUACGGUUUCAUCCUCCCGUAGCAACUUGUCUACAUUUCUAGUGUAGAACUCACCAAUUUAGAAUAGUGGUCACUGGGUGCUUGUCUGUCUCCUUGGCGCUCAGUACAAUGGCUGACGUUAGAGGGACUCAGCGGUAUUUGCAGAAAGGGUACGUUGACUUAAAAAAGAUUAUGUGCAAGUUUUCUGUAACUGGGCUAUUCUGCAAGUCAUGGAUAUGUACAUCAUUUGAGUAAAAGAAAAAAACAAGAGUGGAAUAAAAUGGCAUAGGGCUAGUAAGGGAAUGGGGAAGGAAAGAGGCAUGUUAAAAAGAAGUCACAACAAAAGUCCAACAGAAAGAUUCUGUAUGUAGUGAACAGAUUGGAGAAGAGGAAGAGAAUAAUAUAGCAAGUGAAAUCAGUCCUUUAGGGCAGAAACAAUUGAAAGGUAAGAGGGUGAAGAGGGAGGAGAGUGGGGCAAAGAGGUAAAUUAGGCUUGAAACCAAACAUGAAGUCAGACUGGCCAUCUCGGGCUGGCCCUGUUCUUAGUUGACCACAGAGCCUUCGGGCCUGUGGUUGCUUUUAUGUUGUGUGGAUAGUAGUAAAUGAGCUUUUCAUGUCACUUAACUCCUUACCAGUUUGUUAUCUAAAAAAGUGACUUCACCCUGACCGGUUUGUUUGUCCUCAUCCCACAAAGUGAAAGGUCACCAGUUUGAUCCCAGGUCAGGACACAUGCCAGGGUUGUGACUUUUGUCCCCAGUUGGGGCUCAUAUGAGAAGCAAUCAAUGCGUCUCACCCUCUCUUUCUCCCUCCCUUCCCUUCUUUCUAGAAAUAAGUAAAAUCUUAAAAAAAAAAGGUGACUCCAGUUCAAUAACAAAUACCUUGACUGACAUGCCCUAUAAAAGAAGACAUAUUUUACCAUGUCCCAGUUACAAAACUGGUGUAAGGCUUAGUUUUGACCAACUGAUGGCAGUUUCCACCUGCCCAACUUCUCCCAGUGGUUCCCUUGCAACUAGUGUAGGUAGACAAUGAAGUUUGUAGGGCUGGGCAUGCAAGGACAGGUGGUACGACCUAUGGAAGUAAAGACUGAAGAGCACAUCAAUUUGUAUGUUUUUUGUUUGACCAUUUUGUUAACAUGCAGAGUGUGUUUAUCUGCCCACCCAGAAGUGUAAAAUAAAUGUACUCUGACCUUCAAA